AUCAAUAUAAUUCUCAUUUCAGUAUUAAUCUUCUCUGUUCUUCACUUGCACAAUUUACAUACCUAUCAAUUGGUCCGACCUACCGGAUCAAUACACCCCCAGAAAACCAGUGUAGUAGAUGCCACCCAAGAUGGUUGAUCGUAUGGAAGCUCUGGAGACACAGAUGGGCACCGUGACUGACACGUUGCAGGAACUCGCGCUCCAGCUGCAGCAGCAGAGCAUGGUUCUGAAGGAGUUGAGCAAUCAGAUGGGAAAGAAAGUGGUCCACGAAGGGGAAACCUCGACGGGUGACUCCAAUUCCGGCGAAUCGCGUCUCGCCGGGAAGAAGGUCAAGCUGCCCGUGUUUGAGGGAGACGAUCCUGUAGCUUGGAUCACGAGAGCGGAGAUCUAUUUCGAUGUGCAAGGCACCCCCGAUGAGCUUCGCGUGAAGCUCGCACGCUUGAGUAUGGAAGGAUCUACUAUCCAUUGGUUCAAUAUGUUGAGGGAAACAGAGGAUGAGCUUUCCUGGGAAAAGCUCAAACGAGCGUUGAUUGCACGCUAUGGAGGACGACGAUUGGAGAAUCCUUUCGAGGAGUUAUUGACGCUAAGGCAACGCGGCAGCGUGGAGGAGUUCGUGGAAGCCUUUGAGUUGCUCUCGUCACAGGUAGGACGAUUGCCGGAGGAUCAGUAUCUGGGGUAUUUCAUGAGUGGGUUGAAACCACCGAUUCGAUGGCGGGUGCGUACCUUGAAUCCCAGCACUCGCAUGGAGAUGAUGCGAAUUGCGAAAGAUGUUGAAGACGAGCUUAAGGAAGAAGAAGAAGAAGAGGGAAAGCGGGUGACAAGAAAAGGCGGGUACGAACGCUCGGGUCAAGGCGAUUGGGCCGGGUCAGCCUCAAAUAGGAGUGGGCUGUUCAAUAGAGAUGUAACCCGUUUUACCAAGGCCAGCGGGUCAAACCAAACCCGAUCCCGGAGUUCUGUUGGAUCCCACGCACACUCAUCUUCAUCGCUGGGCUCAACGGCGAGAAAGGGUGACAACGACCACCGUGCAGGCUCGACGGAGCGUUGGAAAGGGGUCAGAAGUUUCCAGGUUGACGAAAUCGCAGAGCGAAGGGCCAAGGGACUCUGUUUUAAAUGUGGGGGCAAAUACCACCCCACUUUGCACAAGUGCCCGGAGCGCGCGAUGAGAGUUCUCAUCCUGGGAGAGGGAGAGACCAUGAAUGAGGAGGGGGAAAUCGUGAUGCUGGAACAGGAAGUAGAGGAGGAGGAAGAAGAAGAAGCUGUAGAAUGCAAAGCUAUGGGAGUUCUGGGUUGUUUGGGGGAUCACCAGACAAUGAAGUUAGCUGGCCAAGUGGGCAAUGUGGAACUUCUCAUCCUUGUUGACAGUGGCGCGAGCCACAACUUCAUUGACCCAAAGAUCACCUCUGCUCUGGGACUUACCAUCACCCCGAUCACCACAAGGAGCAUUAAACUUGGAGAUGGCCAUAAGGUGAUAACCAGGGGAGUUUGUAAGGGAAUCAAAGCCAAAGUGGGGAACAUUGAGAUUACCAUUGAUGCACUGGUGCUGGACUUAGGAGGGCUGGAUCUGGUCUUGGGAGUGUCCUGGCUCAGUACACUUGGGAAAGUCAUCAUGGAUUGGAAGCACUUGACUAUGCAGUUUGUGCAAGGGGAACAUGUGGUGAAAUUGCAGGGAAUGAAGGGUAGAAGCAGCUAUCAGAGCAACCUGCACUCUUUUUUGAGUGACACUCAAGGCAGAAACCUUGGGGAAGGAUGGUGGCUUCAAUUCCAAGCUACAGAAGCAACCAAGGAACACCAUGACAUACCUCAGGAACUGGGAGUUGUGCUUACAGAAUUCCCAGCAGUAUUCACAAAGAAAAUGCAAUUGCCCCCUGUCAGGUCCAAAGUACACCAGAUUGUUCUUAAUCCUGAGCAUGGGCCAAUUAAUGUCAGACCCUAUAGGUAUCCUCAUCACCAAAAGGAGGAAAUUGAGAGGCAGGUGGCUGAGCUCUUGGAGGCAGGGAUCAUAAGACCAAGCAUGAGUGCCUUCUCCAGUCCUGUCAUCUUGGUAAAAAAGAAGGAUAAGAGUUGGAGAAUGUGUGUGGACUACAGGGCUCUGAACAAGGCUACAAUCCCAGAUAAGUAUCCAAUUCCAAUUGUGGAUGAAUUACUUGAUGAGUUGAAUGGGGCAGUAAUGUUCUCUAAAAUUGAUCUUAAAUCGGGAUACCACCAGAUUAGAGUUCUUGAGGCAGAUAUCCCUAAAACUGCUUUCAGGACUCACAAUGGACAUUAUGAGUACCUUGUCAUGCCCUUUGGGCUGAUGAAUGCUCCUGCCACUUUUCAAGCCAUCAUGAAUGACAUUUUUAGGCCAUAUCUGAGGAAGUUUGUGUUGGUUUUCUUUGAUGAUAUCUUAAUUUACAGUAGGAGUUUGUUGGAACACCAAAACCACUUAAAGCUAGUCUUGACAGUGUUAUCAUCUAAUUGUUUUGUAGCCAAUCAAGCAAAAUGCAAGUUUGGUUGUGCCCAAAUAGAUUAUUUGGGUCACAUUAUAUCUGGGAAAGGAGUGGCAGUUGACCCUGAGAAAAUUAAGUGCAUUGUGGAGUGGCCAGAGCCCAAGAAUGUUAAGGGAGUAAGGGGAUUUUUAGGGUUAACAGGCUACUACAGGAAAUUUGUCAAGAAUUAUGGGAAGAUGGCCAAACCCCUCACAGAACUGACAAAAAAAAGACAAUUUCACAUGGGGUGAAGAGACCAAGCAAGCUUUCCACAAGUUGAAGACCGUAAUGACAAGUUCCCCUGUGCUAGCUCUCCCUGAUUUUGAAAAACCUUUUGAGGUUGAAUGUGAUGCAGCUGGGAGAGGCAUUGGUGCUGUUUUGAUGCAACAAAGGCAACCAAUUGCUUAUUAUAGCAAGGCUCUAUCUCCUGGGAAUUUAUCCAAGUCAGUUUAUGAGAAAGAAUUGAUGGCAUUGGUUCUUUGCAUCCAACAUUGGAGGCACUACUUGUUGGGCAAGGCUUUCAUUGUCUACACAGAUCACAAGAGCCUCAAACAUUUCUUGCAACAAAAAAUUACUUCCCCUGAUCAACAAUGCUGGUUGGCAAAGCUCCUUGGAUAUCAGUUUGAAGUGAGGUACAAACCAGGUCAGGAAAAUAAGGCAGCAGAUGCACUUUCUAGAUGCUAUGAUGAGAGUGAUCUCAUGAGCCUGGUAUCUUUUCCUCUGUGGGAAGAUAGAAAGAAGCUCUUGGAGGAGAUAGCCUCUGAUGCUUACAUCCAGAACCUGACACAGGAAGUGCAACAAAAUCCCCAAGCCAAACCUGGGUUCUCAGUCCAGCAAGGGGUGCUGUUAUACCAAGGCAGGCUUGUGCUCUCUCCUACAUCACCUUCAAUUCCAUGGCUUCUGCAGGAAUACCACAACACACCUACUGGGGGUCAUUCAGGGUUUCUACGAACCUACAGAAGGCUGGCUGAAACUCUAUAUUGGGUGGGAAUGCAGAGAACAGUGAGUGAUUUUGUAAGGGGAUGUGACACUUGUCAGAGGCAGAAGUAUAGUGCAAUUUCUCCAGGGGGUCUGCUCAAACCACUUCCUGUUCCAAAUGCUAUCUGGGAGGAUAUAUCCCUUGACUUUAUCACAGGGUUACCUAAAUCUAAAGGCUUUGAGGCAAUCUUGGUUGUAGUGGAUAGGCUAUCCAAGUACAGCCAUUUCAUCUUGCUUAAACACCCCUACACUGCUAAGUCCAUUGCUGAGGUCUUUGUCAGGGAAAUAGUAAGGCUCCAUGGGAUUCCAAGCACUGUUAUCAGUGAUAGAGACCCAAUUUUUGUGAGUCACUUCUGGUCUGAGCUAUUCAAAUUACAGGGUACCAAGUUGAAAAUGAGCUCCUCCUACCACCCUGAGACUGAUGGCCAGACAGAGGUCAUAAACAGGUGCUUAGAGAGUUAUUUGAGAUGCUUUGCCUCUGAGCAUCCGAGGACUUGGUCUUAUUGGGUUCCUUGGGCUGAGUUUUGGUAUAAUUCUACCUUUCAUUGCUCCAUUGGCCAAACUCCUUUUGAGGUGGUUUAUGGCAGAAAAGCACCUCCCAUCAUCAGGUUUCUAGCUAAUGAGACCAAGGUAGCAGCUGUUGCUCUAGAAUUAAGUGAGAGAGAUGAGGCUUUGAAGCAACUGAGAGCACAUUUAUAGCGAGCACAGGAGCAGAUGGUCAGUUAUGCUAAUAAGAAGAGAAGGGAUUUGAGCUUUGACAUAGGAGAAUGGGUCUUCCUCAAGCUCAGGCCCCACAGGCAGCAUUCUGUUGUCAAGAGAAUUAAUCAAAAACUAGCAGCAAGGUUCUAUGGCCCUUUUCAAAUUGAAGACAAAAUUGGAGCUGUUGCUUACAAGCUCAAACUACCAGCAGAAUCAAGAAUCCACCCUGUCUUCCAUGUGUCUCUUUUAAAAAAGGCUAUAGGCAAUUACCAAGUCCAAGGGGAGCUGCCUACUGAUUUAGAUAUUGGGGAAACUCCUGACUUUUAUCCUGAGGAGAUUCUGGGCACCAGAAGUAUCAGGCAAGGUGACAGAGAGGUUCACCAAAGUUUGAUUAAGUGGACCAACAGAUCAGUGGAUGAUGUCACUUGGGAGGAUAAUGAGGUCUUAGUUGGUCAAUUUCCAGACUUCUGCCUUGAGGACAAGGCUGUUUCUAAGGGGGAGGGAAUUGAUAGAGACUCGAACACAAAAGGGGAAAUGGGCUUAGGAAAGCCCAAGGUGUGGAAAGUUUAUGAAAGAAAGAAAGGGAAAGGUGCUGAGGUGUCUCAGGCAAAAUGGAGAGGAGGGAGUUAGUUAGUAAGUUAGUAUAUAGAGUAGUGAGGUGUGGGGUGAGAGGGCACUGAUGAAUAUCAAAUUCGGUUAUAGGAGAGAGAAAGAGGAAUCUUUCUAGGGAGAGAGCCAUUAGAGCCUCUCUGGGUUGUUAGAGCUUUCUCUAACAAUACACCAUCUAUCUUUUUCUAUUCCUUCCUCGUCCGCUUUCACCGGAUAAGCUUGCGCAUGAUGCUGCUUGCAGCUGAAAUUAGAGCACGCUAUGGAGGUGGAGGUGCCAUGGCAAGAGAGAAGGCUGACACUGCUUGAUUUCUACCAUUAUGUGAAGUAAAUGCU